AUGGGGUCUCUGCUCCCCCUCUCGCUGCUGCUUUUGCUGGCGGCCGCCUACCCCGGAGGCGGAAGGGCGCACCGGCGCCGGAGAGCGCAGGUGCAGGGCUCGGGAGGAAGCUCCCCGGUGCCCUCGGAGACCCCAGCUGCGUUCUGGGUGCGCCUAAGGCCCGAGUUCAAGGAGGUGCAGCCGGGGGGCUCCGUGUGGCUCAACUGCAGCACUAGCUGCCCCCUGCCGGAGUACUCCAGCCUCAGCACUCAGCUGCCGCGGGGCCAAACGCACAGUGGGCCCGGCUGGGUAGCCUACCAGCUGUUGGACGUGAGAGCCUGGAGCUCCGAGGUGCGCUGCUUCGUCACCUGUGCAGGAGAAACACGAUGGGCCACGGCCAAGAUCACCGCCUACAAGCCGCCGCGAAGCGUGAUCCUGGAGCCUCCGCUCUUGGUGGGCAACGAGUACACUCUGCGCUGCCACGUGACGCACGUGUUCCCCGUGGGCUUCCUGGUGGUGACUCUGAGGCGCGGCGGCCGGGUCAUCUACUCUGAGAACCUGAGGCGCUACAACGGCUCUGAUCUGGCCAACGUGACGCUGACUUACACGGCGCCCGCCAGGCUCCGCGACUUUUGGAAACCGGUGACCUGCCAUGCACGCCUCAGUCUUGAUGGCCUGGUGGUCCGCAGCAGCUCGGCACCCAUAACGCUGAGUGGCCUCGCUUGGCGCCCCGCGUCCAAAGCCUUGGCCUCCAGCUCCAUCGCGGCCCUUGUAGGGAUCCUUCUCGUCGUGGGGGCCGUCUACCUGCGACAAUGGCCAUUGGUGCACAACCAGAGUAAAGAGAGCAGGGUCUCUGCCGGCUGAGCCAAAGGAAAAAGACA